AUGAAGAUCAUCAACCCGGUUCGAGACUCGGAGUCUCCCCGGACAGAACGCCUAACAACUUUCCAUCCCUUCCUUAGACUUCCACCCGAGCUACAGCUUCGAAUCUGGGAGAUGUGUCUCGAGGACUUCGAGCUUCUUCGGUGGAAGGAAUUUGGUAUCAUAAGCCUCUAUCCGAUGAACACGAAAUUCUUCGACGGCGGCCCCGGCCGGCGGCCCCAAGUUGCCCAACGGCUCCACAUCCCCGUCCCACCCCUCAAGCAAGUCUGCCAUACAUCCCGCCACGUUGCUGAGAAGUGGCUCAGUCGAGGACAGGCUCGGCGCGUAGCGCUCGGGGCGGGGGACCCUGACCCUGACGGCGACGAAGAUUAUGGGGAUUUCUCGUCACGGUCGUUCUGGAAAUUCUCCGUGGCUCGAUGUACCCGGAAAGACCACGACGGGGGGCUUGUGCACUACAUAACCAACUGCUGGCAGAGUCCUUGGAAGGAAGUCUUGCUGGGUUACUGCCACCAGGUCUACCUCUCGCUGGACGACUACCAGCAAGUGCGGGCGCAAUGGGAGGGAGGCUACCUACCGAAGCUGCGGUGGCCUCGCCGUCGCCCCGGGGGGCGAAGGCCGUGGCGCAACUGGGAGCUGACCGUGCCGCUGGAGGUGCUGCAGCUUGAUCUCGAUGCGCUAGCUGUGCUAUUUGGCGGUGUGGUAUACGGUCUGCAGAAAGUGCUUGUCGUCGUUGACGGGCUGCCGCGGGGUCGCGCCGGCCAGCACAUCAAGACUACGGACUGGGUGGUCAUUGACGUGACAACGCCAGAGUAUUGCGAGGGAAAGCGGCUACUGCGGGACCAGCAGUUGAGCGUCGUGUGGAAUGACGGCAAGAGUGUCUUUGAGCAAGAGGUCUAUGAGCUGAUCGAGGCUGCGGCGCGCCGGGUUUCCUUUUGCACCCAGGGGGAGUUCACGAUUAUCCCUGCGGUGGCGGAGCAUAGAUUUUGGCUUAGGUAG